AUGGCCACGGAACCACCCUUCUUACUGGCACUGCCAGACGAGAUCCUCACGCACAUCCUCUCGUACCUCAACCCCUACGACCUCAAUGCGAUACAGCUCUCAGCAAGACGCCUACGGUCCCUCUCCCAGGAGCCUCUUCUCUGGCGUCACCUCUGCCGCGUCCACUUCCGCUUCUGGAACCCGAAGCACCGCCUAUCCGCCAAGUUACGCCAGCCGAUUGCCAACGUACCAUGGAGGCGACUGUUCAUCAACAGGAUGCAGCUGGACCACGAAGUCGACCGACGCAUGAACAAGAUCAUCGCGACGCAGCAGAACCGCUCGAACCACAUCGAAUGGAUAGCGGAGCAGGGGUAUGACGUCAAGUCGGCGCUGCUGAAGCACAAGAACGCGGGCGAGGGGGAGGACGACGUGCUGGCGCGGCGGUUCUGGAGCAGCGCGAUCCUGACGACGAUCCACCGCAGCAUUGCAAUGGACGAGUGGUGCAAGCUGCGCAAGGGCGAGUCGCGGUCGCUGGAGCGCGCGCUGGGUGCCUACGACAUGUUCGUGCUGGACAGCGACGAGGGGCUGGGCGACCUGGACACGAUCGGCCAGCAGCUGGACGAGCUGGCGCAGCGCUUCAAGGACGCGCACCCGGAGUGGAGGGAGCUGUCCACGCGGCGGAGGGCGUGUUGGCUGGUCGUCUUCCUGCGGAGGGCCGGAUACCGGGGGGCGCCGAGCGAGAGGUACGGGCAGAUCGCGCAGAACUUCAUCGGCUUGGCCCUGUCGGAGAAGGACCACGAAGCGCUACCACUGAUCACGAACGUCAUCUUCUGCGCGGUUGCUGAGAGGCUCGAGAUCGACGCCAAGCCGUGUGGAUACCCUUACCAUAUCUACUCGAUCAUACAGGCACCUCCUCAGACGACGCUGGAGGGCGCACCCGCUCCGAAUCUCGAGACCCUCGACACCAUGUACCUGGAUCCUUUCCGGUCGGCCGAGCCGGUAUCGCGCUUGGACCUUGAAGGACAGUUGCGAACAAUGGGAGCAACGGCGGCAAGCUUCGCGACGUAUCUCGAGCCUGCCAACCCAAUCGAGAUGGUCAUCCGGACGGCCCGAAACAUUCGCCGUGCUGUGGAAAGCGGGAACGGGCUGGUAGACCCUGCUGCAUCGACGAUAGGGAUCCAGUUCACGCACACCCACCUGAAUCUCCACAGCGCUCUCCACGCCGCUCUGUGGGCAUGGCUGUACCUCGAGCGCGGCGACCCCAUCCGCGGCGGCGAAGAGGCCGGCGGCAUCGCUCUGCACCGACGCCGGAUCCUGAUCAGCAAGGUGGUGCAACAGUGCCUGGAGUUCUACCCGUGGGAGAUCUGGCUGGUCGAGCGGUACAUGGCGUCGCUGUUCCACGACCUGCCCGAGGAGGGCGACUUCCUGUACAUCAUCCAGCGCGAGCACACGGCGGAUCGCAACAAGAAGGCGCUGAAGAAGCGCGGCGUGCACACGGACAAGGUCCGGUUCCGCGUCGGGCAGUGCUUCAAGCACAAGCGGUACCACUACUACGGCGUCAUCGUCGGCUGGGAUCCGUACUGCAACGCUGGGGAUGACUGGAUGCAUGCGAUGAACAUCGAUGGCCUGCCGAACGGACGGAACCAGGCCUUUUAUAAUGUGCUGUGUGAGGAUUCCAGCUCGAGAUACGUCGCCGAGGAGAACAUCGAGGUCACGGCGGAUCCGCCUCCAGAUUUCCUGCUGAACAAGCUGGCCGGACGCUACUUCAGGCGGUGGGAUACGGCCGAGUCCAAGUUCGUGAGCAACAUCAGGGACGAAUACCCUGACGAUUGA